AUGAAAAAAAAGUUCAAAUUAAAUAACGGAAGGCAGACAGCACUUGAUCAGUUUUGGAAAUCACUCGAUUCUUAUCAUGAAUCCGAUGAUGAAUCACGUGAAAUUUCCGACGAUAAGACAUUGAGCAUCAAUUCGUCGUUAGAUGGAACAAAUUGUAAAGCAGAAUUGAUGAAUUCUUUUGAAGCAUGUCCACCGUCACCUCACAGAUCACUAGAAAUUCGAAAGCAUUCUUCCGUCAAUACAUCAGAAAAAAUGGAUGAGCAUUUCGCAACCACUGACAUGAUUUGCGACCAAAACGAAAGUAAAGCGGAUAACAGAGUCGAGAAAACAACUUUUGUUGAAUCCGGUAACUUGCUGGAUGAUGUGCCACUAGUUGCUAAAUCACCACCAGGCGAUACAGAAGCCUCGUUGCCUAUAACUGGAAAUACACCAGAUAGUUCAUCAAAAUAUGAUUUGGAUGCUUGCACUUCAUCAAGCUUGGAAAAUGGAAAUCCGUUAAAAAUGGGAUCAUGCAAAACACAUAGUUAUUUGAAAGACGAACGGCUCCAGUGUGUGAGAAGUUCGAGAAAGAAACGGGUACACAAAAGAUCUCACAAAGCUAAUUUAUGUCACGAUUUAUUAGUUCUUCCACGGAUACACACGAUAACAAUUGGUGAUUUUGAAUUAGAACCACCGUAUACCUCACCUUUACCACUGGAGCUUGUUAGGAAGGGACACCUUUACGUUUGUGAAAAGUGCUUGGAUUUCAAGGAAAGCAAAGAGACAUUGGAAAGACAUGCAAGUAAAUGCUGGAUGAAUUUUCCACCGGGUGAUGAAAUCUUUCGCCAAGACGAUAUUUCGUUAUUUGAAGUUGAUGGAAAUAUUGCCAAAGGCUACAGUCAAAAUUUAUGCCUCUUAGCCAAGCUUUUCAUCGAUCAUAAGACAUUAUUUUAUGAUGUUGAACCAUUUCUCUUUUAUGUUCUAACUGUAUGGAAUUCAACCGGUUGCCAUUUGGCAGGUUAUUUUAGCAAGGUAAGAAACACUGCUGAAGGUUGA